AAAUGUAAAUGUAUAAUGACCGAUAAAUGAUUCUGAAUGUUCAGCCUCCUUGUCCUCUGCAACAUGACAUUAGCCCACAGUUGUCAUAUGAGACAUGUGGUUUUCCUGUGAACAAGCACCACAUCUACUUUUCUAUUGAAACAUUUAUUCUUUGUCCCAGUCACAGCCACCAUCUUCUGUGAAGUCAGACUAACAGUAUGUAUGUAGCUGUCUAAAUAAUGACCUUGUUCAUCCCUGAUAUGGCUGGUCGUCUGUUUUUGCUCAUCCUCCUUUUCGAUACCUUCCAGUACAUCAAAGCCAAAGAUCUUCCUCAGCCCAGUCUGACAGUGAUUCCUGCAGUCAUCAAAGAGAGAGACUCAGUUCAGCUGAACUGUCAGACUCCUUCAUCUGUCUCUGAGUGUUACUUCAAAAUGGAAGGGCAAGUGGAAUUCACCCUACCAUCACCCUGUCAACAGACUCUCACAGGAACACUACUGGUGAGGUGGACAGGUCAGAGUUCACCAGCUGAGGUCAAAAUACAAUGUCAGUACAGUGCUACAGGUUCACAGUUUAGAUCCAUGUUCAGUGAGCCUUCAACAGUCACAAUUCAGGACCUUCCUCAGCUGACAGUCAUCAGAGAGACAGAAUCAGUUCAGCUGAGUUGUGAGACUCCUCCAUCUCUCCCUGUGUCUCACUGUUACUUCUACAUAGAGGGGAGGAAGAAUCUUCCAGACUCAUUGUGUACGCAGACAAUAACAGGAACUCAGCUGCUGAAGAGGGCAGAUCAAACAUUUCCAGUUGUGGUCAAAGUGAAGUGUUACUAUGCUGUAGGGAAGUCUCACACAUCUCCGUUUAGUAACUCUGUCUCAGUCACUGUUCAGGACCCACCUCCUCCCAGGCUGACAGUCAGUUCUACAGUCAUCAGUGAGAGAGACUCAGUUCAGCUGAGCUGUGACUCUCCUCCAUCUGUCUCUGUGUCUCAGUGUUACUUCUACACAGAGGGGAGAGAUCCUAAACCCUCACCCUGUACGAAGUCACUCACGGGGACUGAGCUGCUCUCGUCGGCAGGUCAAAGUUCAUCUGCUGAGAUCAAACUGAGAUGUUUUUACACAGUAGAAACUCACUUUCCAUCGAUGCACAGUGGUUCUGUCUCUCUAUCUAUUCUUGAUCCAAAACCAGACAUUACAGUCCAUUUUGAUGGGGACUUCACCAUCAUCUGUUUGAUUCCUGGAUCCGUCAGUCCUGACACCACCUGUAACCUGUAUGUUGGAGAGGAGAGUCAGCCAUCCUUCACAGCAAAGAUCAAGAAGAGAAAAGCCAACUCAGCAUCCGGAGAGCCGUUCUGUCAAUUCACUCCAAAUCAUAGUGAUCUGAUCAGUCGUCUUCAGUCAGUGAGGAGUAAGGAGGUGAGCUGUGACUAUAAAGUGAGCUCAGGACCAAACUCUCUCUCUCCACGCAGUGAUGGGUACACCUUUACAGAUCUGGUGGGAGUUCACAUCAGUGAUCCAACAACUAUACAGACACCUUCUACAGCAGUGGGUAUGACUCCAGGUCCUAGAUCUACUUUGCCUCCCAGCAAGACAGUGAGUCCUACAGAAGUUUCAACUGUUACUUCUACCUUUACCCCAGAAACCACAGUGACACCAACAACCAGGUCGACUGUUUGCUGUACUUUUACCACUGACACCCCAGCGAGUACAAAUGAAAGAGUUCAAAGCUCCACAGAAAGUGAUGUGGAAUCAAACAGUCAAGAAAGCAUUCUGGUGGGGCAAUUAUGGCAGGCAGCAGUGGCUUCUGGAGUGGGCGUGCUCCUGGUAGGAUUGACAGCUGUCUGUCUCUGCAGGAGGACCAAGAAAACCAAUUCUCAGAGACCUACAGCCAGACAGGAUGAUCACAGACAAUAUGAAUUGGUGUCUAUGGGAGCGGUGAGCAGAGGAAUCAUGGUGGAUUCAGGAGAUGCUGGAAUCGAUUCUCAGAUCACUUCUGUACUGUCCACGUUCACGCCCUCAGGUAACGUUGAUGUGGAUACACAGGCAUUUGCAAAUAAACAUGUAAGUACAGCACAAAUAAUUGCAUGGAGUAUUCUUAUAUCGGUUGUACUAUUCAUUGUAUUAUAUUGUUAUAUUAUUAUUAUUAUUUAUAGCAUUGUUUUCACAGACAGACGGACUCGAGGAUACAAGUAUCUCUCUUUCUCUCACUGUGAUUUGACUUUCAGUUUAAGAUUGGUCUUACAUCCUCAUAAAAUACCCCUUAUGAAUUACAUUAACUGUACUGUAGAUUCGAAGCCCUAAAGUGAAUCUGUUUCUUUCCUCUAGUCUGACACUUACCAUGUAUACAGCUCAAUCCCCGACAGACCAGCAACCUCAGCCCAGCCGGAUGGGUUGUACAGUCUUCUGCAGACACACUGACACUACACCUCUGGCUUUCUGUAGCUAUGUCUCACACAAAUACAUUCUAUCUCACACGACAUCCAUUGUUUAUCACACAUCCAGUUACUGUAAAUAAGUUGCUUAACAGGUAAUAUAUCUACUGUAUUACACAUGGACAACUGGUUUCUGUUACAUGUCUAUCCAUAAUAUCUGUUACUGUGUUAAUAUAUAUAUAUAUUUUUUUAGGGGUCCAGGGGGCAUAGUCCCCUUUGAGCAUUUUUCUUAUUUCUUUCCCCUAGUUAAUGCUAAAUCUACUGUAUUUAUGUAUUUUACGUUGACUGUGUGAUACCUCCUUCCAUAGCGGUUGGAUACAAUUAAUUUCCUGUUGGGCAAAACAUAAUCCAAAACACAACCAAAACAAACUGCAAAUGCAUCCAACAAGUUUGUUGAGUCACAAGCUUGAUGUAUUUAUUGGGUGCAAAGAAUCAAGGACCAAAAUACAAAAUGUUUGACUACCUUAAUACACUAUAAAUGAGUUUGUCCAAAUACUUGUGACUUUUUCAAAUGUGGGGACUAUAUAGAUAAAGUGCAUUUAUAUCAAAACGGUAAAACAUACAAUGCCUUCAGAAAGUCUUCACACCCCUUGACGAUUUCCACAUUUUGUUGUGUUACAGCCUGAAUUUAAAAUGUAUGAAAUUGAGAUUUUUUUUGUAACUGGCCUACACACAAUACCCCAUAUCGGGGUGGCAGGUAAUCCAGUGGUUAGACCGUUGGACUAGUAAUCGAAAGGUUGCAAGAUCGAAUUCCCGAGCUGACAAGGUAAAAAUCUGCCGUUCUGUCCCUGAACAAGGCAGUUAACCCACUGUUCCUAGGCCGUCAUUGAAAAUAAGAAUUUGUUCUUAACUGACUUGCCUAGUUAAAUAAAGGUAAGGUCAAAGUGGAAUUAUGUAAAAAAAAAAGAAGAAAAAAAGUGUCAUUGAGUAUUUAACCCCUUUGUUUUGGAAAUCCAAAAUAAGUUCAGAAGUAAAAUUCUGCUUAACAAGUCGCAUAAUAUGUUGCAUGGACUCACUCUGUGUGCAAUAAUAGUGUUUAACAUGAUUUUUUUAAUGGCCUCAUCUCUGUACCCCACACAUACAAUUAUCUGUAAAGUCCAUCAGUCACGUAGUGAAUUUCAAACACAGAUUCAACCAAAAAAACAGGGAGGUUGUCUAAUGCCUCACAAAUAAGGACACUUAUUGUUUAAAAAAAGCAGACAUUGAAUAUCCCUUUGAGUAAGGUGAAGUUAUUAAUGGAUGGUUUAUCAAUAUACCCAGUCACAACAAAGAUACCGGCAUCAUUCCUAACUUAGUUGCCGAAGAGGAAGAAACCUGCUCAGAGUUUUCACCAUGAGGCCAAUGGUGACCUUAAAGCAGUUACAGAGUUUAAUGACGCUCAGCAGCACCUUCUCCACGCUGCUCUUCGUCGUCCUUCUCGCCUUCCUGUGGAGGAACUGGGAGGUCAUCUCGCAGUACCUGGAUCUCCUCCUGAUGUCCCCGAGUCGACCUACACGGGUGGGGCUCUCUUAAUGAGUGACGAAGGGAGGUGAUGGUGGGGCGGGGCUCCCUGAACAAUGAGGGACAGAGGCAGGGACUGGUGUGUGGGGGGGGGACUAACUAACAAACCCGUACACUGCCUCUGAUGCAUGUGGUGGAGCCAGGCAAGUACAAAGGGUGGGCUUAGCGGAAAGGAGGAGGAUGAUGAGGUGCCAGGAGAUCUGCACACUUACUUAUCUCUCUCUCAGAACUGUGAAAUUGUUUACACGUGGAAGAUGUUUUCUUGAUUUAGAAUUGAUUCAAGUGGUAUUGAAUUUGUUUCUUCUUCUUAUUGCAGUCAUUAAUGCAAAUGCUUGAGGGCUUUCUCUUGUGGCAGGAUUGGGAAGGUAAACAGCUGGCAUGUUGAUGAUCCACGUGACUUCACCCUUUUUUUGAUCUCCUUUUCUCUACGUCCAAAAUCUCUCUUCCUUUUCUCUCUUUAACCCUAAAAUCUCUCCUUUCUCCCUUUUCUUACUCCCAAUAUGUUCUCUUCCAUGUUUGUCUUCCUCUGCCCCUCUUCUCAAUCACCCCAGUCGUUGCCCAUUUCACCAAAUCGCUCUUCUUUCUGGGAGGAUUAAUGUGACUAGCUACAGUGCACUGUUGUGGACAAAAUCUAAUUCAUCACUGGAUCAAGCAAGUGAUGGGUUCUUGACUUGUUUCUAUUGGACGAGCUAAAUGCGACGUUGGGCUUGAUUGGAUCAGAACUGAGUCGGAAUAUGCUCAGCUUGACGCCUUGCACUCUUGGCCUGGCCUGUUGGAUCUGCCCCUGCUGAGACUAUAAACUAAUCUAUAAACUGAAUGAACAUACUUGAAGAGCUGUGAAACUGCUCAGACUUUCAGUGCUUCCGUACUGUUUCUAUUAGUGAAAAUGAAAUGUAAACUUUUUAUUUUUUUAAACAAAUAAACAUGCGGUUUUAAAAAUGAA